AUGAAGCUCCCUACUGAAUCUGAGUGCAAUUUAUUUGUGUUGUCAGCUACUUCUGAUUGUGUCUCAAGUAACAACUUCGAGGUAUCCGCACAAAUCUCAGCUGAUUUUGAAAACAGCUUUUUUGUGAAAGAAUAUUUCAAAGAAUAUUUUGAUUCCGUUGGAACUGUAUCAUUGCAGAAUAAUGGUGUGAGAAAUGCAUUCGACUCUGACAGAGUAAUUCAUAACCUAGCAUAG